GGAAAUGUCAUCUAUCCCCCAAUUCGGAUAAGAGAAGAAUCUAGAAACCAGAAUACCAUUGGACCUCGUUUCUCCAACGUGGCUUUUUCCAAACGCUAAAUUGCUACUCCAACACUCUGAGCCACGUUCCCCAUCUCUGCCACUGCCAUCAGCAUUCUCAACACCUCCUCCCUCACUCACUCAUCAAUGGCAUCAACAAUAUCAGCAAUGGCCAUGAUCAACGCCAAAUGCGUCAACCCAAAGUUCCCCAACCCCACCAAGCUCGUACCAUCAAAACCUUCCCUUCAGGUCAACCUUCCAAAGGGCCUAAUAGCCUCACCCGAAAACACCAAACUUUCCACUGCGACAGCAAUCGCAGGAGCAAUAUUCACAACCCUCGGAACCUGCGACGCCGCUUUCGCCGUUCAACAAAUAGCCGACAUAGCAGAAGGCGACAACCGCGGUCUGGCACUGUUGCUGCCCAUAAUUCCUGCAAUAGGGUGGGUUCUGUUCAACAUUCUGCAGCCGGCGCUGAACCAACUGAACCGCAUGCGCAGCACCAAAGGCGUGAUCAUUGGGUUGGGGCUUGGCGGCUUGGCUGGCUUGGUGGCUGCGCCGCAUGCAUCGGCGGCGGCGGCUUCUGAAGUGGCGGCGAUGGCUGAAGCUGCCUCGAACGACAACAGGGGACAGCUUCUGCUGUUUGUGGUUACGCCGGCUAUUGCUUGGGUUCUUUACAACAUCUUGCAGCCUGCUCUUAACCAGCUCAACAGGAUGAGAUCCCAGUGAUUUAAUGUUUGUGAAAUUUAAAUAGGGAAGGGGCUUAAUUAAAUGCUGUGGGAUAUCAAUUAUCAUCAUAUGAUCAUACUAAUAGUUUUCAUGUAACUUGCUUCCUGCAACUUGUAUCUAAUGCUAUAUCCGCUUUUCUUUUAUUAUCUUCCA